AUGCAGCCGCUUGACGUUGCUCGCUCCCUGAGCGCACAAUGGCCCUGCCGAGAGGUUCAAACCCGGCAGUUAGCCAACUUGCUCAACCCGCACAUCCCUAGCCCGCCUGCAUUGGUCGUUCAUGGUGUAUCAUCGACCUGCAAAACAACCAUCAUCCGGAGUGUUCUUUCUACGCUUGAAGUGCCGCACGCUAUUGUUCGCAGUUCCGAGUGCAUUACUGGACGACAUCUCUUGACCAAGAUUCUAUGGAAUACCCUCGAAGCCGUGGGCCGGAAAGAUGAGUGGGAGAAAUUUGGAAAAGGCCGGUGCGAGCACGUUUGUACCCUCGCAGUGCUCCUGGAUGAGUGUCUCGCAGCGAGAGCACCGGAGAAUAAAGGAAAGUUCGUGCUGGUACUUGAUGAGAUUGACCGACAGCGAGAGGCGCCACCCACCUUGCUGUCUGCUUUAGCGCGAUUGGGAGAAAUCAUCCCGUCGCUCUGCGUUGUUCUGGUUCUGAGCUCGACACCGCGGCCGCUUUUCUUGCAGAACGCGGCGGUUCCCCAUGUCAGCUUUCCUCCGUACACGCGCAAAGAAGCCAUUGAAAUCCUAUUGACAUCUCCGGUGGCUUCGGUGGAGGGCUUGCCUGAUGACACAACAGCUCGCGUAUACCCGCACUUCGUGGCAACAGUCUAUGACACUCUGGUUGGACCUACGGCAGGCUCGAUACCUACUUUCCGGUCUAUCUGUAGCCGGCUUUGGCCACUGUUCGUUGCACCGGUGGUGCAGGGCGAGUCCCCGCCUGGUGGAAACUCUGAGUGGGACUUCACACGCUUGCUGGUGAGGAAUCGAGCGUUGUUCCGCCAUCAGGGCGAGUCCGCACUUGUACAUCGCAUCGUGCCCGAAGACUCCUCUGUCUCAAGCAAAAUAUCUCGGAGACCGCUGGCGCCCGCAGCCACCCCGUCUGCCCUGCCGUCUCUACCUUACUUCUCAACCCUGAUCCUCACAUCCGCCUACCUGGCCUCCCACACCCCGCAACGCCUGGACACGAUCUUCUUCUCCAAAUUCUCCUCCUCCUCGCUCUCUGCCCGCAACAAGCGUGCCCACCACCGCCGUCGCCUGAAGGUCCUCUCCCAAGCCCAGGCCGAAGAAGCCGCCAACGCCGGCUCGACCACCUCUCGUCGCGGCAAGGGCAAGCGUACCAAAACCCGCAUCACCAAAUCAACCCUCUCCUCCGCCUUCGCGACCUCCUCCGCAACAACCUCCGCCAUGGGCGGCGGCGCUGGCGUAACUGGCCCCUCCACCAUCCUCACUGCUCGCCCGUUCCCCCUAGAACGUCUUCUAGCCAUCUACCAUGCCAUCGACCCCAACCCCCCGGAGAACCCCAUCCGGACCGGCGCCGUCGCUGAUCAGAUCUACGCCGAGCUGGCCACGCUGCGCCGCCUCCGGCUGGUCGUGCCUGCGGCCGGCCACCACGUCGGAUUCGCGAGCACGAGUAGCGGAAAUACCAGCGCAGAUGCGGGCGAGAAGUGGUGUGUCAAUGUGUCUGGGGACUGGAUCGGCGAGUUGGCCAAGGGCAUUGGAGUCGAGGUUGGGGAGUGGCUUGCGGGCGGAUUGGACUAA